AAUAUGGCGGCGCACAUAACCAGAGCAGUGAAACGACUUCUUCCACAAGAGAGAGGUUGGCUCCAGCCUGCAGUCUGGCAAUUGUAUACUGAAGCAUGGUGUCAUCACCAUAACUCCGCAGGCUCCUCGCUGCACUAUGUACCCCGCAGGGCGGUUCUCUACUGCCCUGGCAAUGAUGAGCGAAAAUUGAAGAAACUGGCCUCGCUGGAUGUCGACUGCGCCGUGUUGGACUGCGAGGAUGGCGUAGCCCUCAGCAAAAAGACAGAGGCCAGGGAGACCAUUCCCAGGAUGUUAGAAGAACUGGACCUGGGCCGGACAGAGAAGUGUGUGAGGGUGAACUCAGUGUCCAGUGGUUUAGCUGAGGCUGACCUGCAGGUCAUUCUGCAGGCUAAGGUCCUUCCUCCUGCCAUCAUGUUGCCCAAAGUGGAGGACGUACAGGAGGUGCAAUGGUUUGUUGACAGGUUUCAGCACAACUUGAAAGGACGGGCACUGACAGAACCCAUUCGCCUCGUCACCUUUGUGGAAACCGCUGUGGGCCUGCUCAAUUUUAAGGCGGUGUGUGAGGAAAUCCGGCGUCUUGCUCCCAAGGCUGGUCUCCACCAUGACGGUGUGGUGUUUGGCUCUGACGACUUCUGUGCCAGCAUAGGUGCAACACGAACUAAGGAUGCCAGGGAGCUCCUUUACGCGAGGCAGAAGGUGGUUGUGACCACCAAAGCAUUUGGGCUGCAGGCUAUUGACCUGGUCUACAUCGACUACAAAGACGUGGAGGGGCUGAGGCAGCAGGCCAGAGAGGGAGCUCUCAUGGGCUUCACAGGUAAGCAGGUUAUCCACCCAGGGCAGAUCCAAGCUGUGCAGGAGGAGUUCUCCCCGAGUCAGGAGAGGGUCCAGUGGGCCACAGAGCUCAUUGCUGCUUUUGACCAGCAUCAGAAGGAGGGAAAGGGUGCGUUCACCUUCCGCGGCAGCAUGAUUGACAUGCCCUCGCUGAAGCAGGCUCAGAACAUCGUAACACUUUCUGCCGCGGUGCCAAAGAAAUAACACGAGUGGGGAGAAGAAAUGGGAGGAACCACGCAACUAAACCCUGACGGGAGAGGUCAAAAGGAAACGGGGAAAUGUUGCAGGUCUCAUUAUAAGAAACGGCACUUCAAAAAAAAAACUUUUCAGCUGUUGUCACGUUGCCUGACAUACGAGGACAGAGGACGCUGUGGUUGUAAUUCAUGUUUUUAAUGAUAUUUUUGAUUAAAUCCAGUUGAUUUUACGUGGCUGCCGAGUUCCAAUUUAUACUUGGCCUGUAUCUUCAGAUAUUUUCAACAAUGCAAGCUCUGCACAUAGCGAGUGUCAACAGCCUCCUGAAAACCAACUAAAGGAUUACUGCCCUGUGUGGCUUUCUUUCUUGGCAUGCUCUGCAGUGUGUGCAUCACCAUCAUGUCAUUCUCCAGUGUGUGUGCGUGUGUGUGCCCCUGCCUCCCAUCUCUCCCAGGUCAUGAUGAAUGCUCUCCCAUCUCCACGGUCCAGGCAGCUGGGCGAAAGGGUAAACAAACACAACAAGCCACUGUUGUGGAUCUAUUCACUGGGCCCCAGCCUUCCAGUCAGGCCUCAGCCCCCUGCCCAGGGCCCGACUCACAAACAUCAAAGUCCUGCUUUCUUAGAAAAAAAACACAGAUGGAAGUGCGUAAACUCAUGAUUUAGCUUUUUUGUGUGUGUGUGUGUGUGUGUGUGUGAUUGUGUGUGUGUCAUUCUCCCUAGUAAAGGCAUGUAGCUCUCUCUGUGGCAGCCUGUAGUUGAUGGUGUGUUGAUGGAGAAGGCAUGUGGCAUCAUACACACCAUGACCCGCACAAAAAGCAAGAGAAAAAAAACCCCAACACACAUUGCAUACAAGCUGCAGCGGUAUUCUCCAACUCGUCUCUCAUUUAACGCAAGAUUAAGGCGACCUGGGUUUACAAUAACGGUGAAACUCCAAAAAUGAACUUCUUAAUGAGUUCAGUAAAGAAGUUUGUUGUCUUGUCACAAAUGACAGUACAAAGGGGCUUUGUGGAGCACUUGUCCAUGUCUGACUUGCAGAGACAGUGAAGUGGGUGUGAUGUUCGAAUGAGACAGAUUAGUGGCCAUGUUGCUCCAGCAGACCAGGACUGAGGCUUUGUCUCUCUGACUGUGGAUGGGAGGAUAAUUGGGGGGGUGUUGAAUGGUUAAUAGUGCCAUUGGUGACCAUGGUAAUGAAAGGCGCCAUACCUCCUCUACCCCACCUCACCCAAUCUCUCUCUCUCUCCCUCUCUCUCUCUUACUGUAUGAUCUAUUGUGUCUGGGGCAGGGCUGGUGUCUGUGCCAGGCCAGGCCAGACAAAAAAAGAUCGAAACCACUCCUGCGUCCAGCCAAAGACCCGAACAGUAAGCUGUCUCUUUGGCAUUUGGCCACAUAUUUCUUUCACCCCUGGUUCGCUUUUUUUCUGUCGCGAACACACAUUCAGCUUGUUUGUUUGUUUUCCCCCCCAAUCUACCAUUAUACCCAGAGGUUGGUGGACAAAACUGCAAUUAUGUCGAACUUCAAUUAACUAAAUUCAAAAUUAUUAUUUGGGCUGGACGUGUUUUGUGAGAUCUUCAAAAAUAGAUGUUGGAACAAGCGUUAUGAAUCCUUAACUUGCAUCACGAGUAGAUGGUGAGAUUAAAAUAUAAUGCACAUUUGUGUUUGUUUUGUCAAAUUUUGAAACACUUUACUGUGACUUUCUAAACUUUUAUUCAUUUCUUUUCCAGCUACAUAUUGUUGCAAUUUAGAAAAUGUUUCAGGAAUUAAAACACCUUUGAAUCUUGUGUGAAUAAGUUAAGUUAGAUAAAAAUAAAGAGGUUUUAAAGGGUUUGACAGUGUCACCUCAUGUUUUGUUUUAUCACAAUGUUAAAUACUAAACAUUAAAAUUAAAUCAAGAUGCC